AUUGUUGACAAUGAUGAGACCGGCCGCAAAUUUUUUGUUUUGUUUUUUUAAGUACAAACUUUGCAAAAGUCGGUUGGGUAUAGUUUUGUUAUUUUUUCCAUUUAAUUCAUUAUUGUGUUUUUUUUUUUUAUUAAUAUUUUGGUAAAAAACUCCCACUAUAAUUGCAUAAACCGCCGGUAAUUUCGGGUUCGGUUCUUGUUUGGCAAUCACCUCGAUUGCUACCUGCGCAAAUUCUGGAAACUAGAGCCACUGAGGAAGACAUGCGCAGCACCCACUGAUCUCUCUCUCUCUCUCUCUCUCAGGAUGAACGAUGAACAGCGAUCAAUCCUCCUCAAGUCAUCCUCUCGCUUCCCUUCUCCCCAAGGGGUGAAGCUGUCGUAUGGGACGGCUGGGUUCAGAGCCGAUGCUUUAGUUCUUGAAUCGACAGUUUAUAGAGUUGGGAUUCUGGCCGCUCUUAGAUCGCUGAAGACCCAGUCGGUUAUCGGACUGAUGAUUACCGCUUCCCACAACAGAGUCUCCGACAAUGGAGUCAAAAUCGCAGACCCAAGUGGAGGCAUGUUGUCUCAGGACUGGGAGCCCUUCGCUGAUGCCCUCGCCGCUGCCUCUGAUUCUCAGGAGCUCCUCCAGUUAAUAAUAGAAUUUGUAGAGAAGGAGCAAAUCCCAUUUGGAGGAGAGCGGUCACCGGAGGUAUUGUUGGGAAGAGAUACAAGACCUAGUGGAGAGUCUCUCCUUGAAGCUGCAAAACAAGGAAUCAGUUCAAUUUCUGGAGCGGUUGCCUAUGACAUGGGAGUCCUAACAACCCCACAACUACAUUGGAUGGUUCGUGCUAGAAAUAAGGGCAUGAAGGCAUCUGAAAUUGAUUACUACGAACUGCUUUCAAGCUCUUUCAGGUGUUUAAUGGAUUUGAUUCCCAAGGGAAGCAACACACAAGUUUUAAAGAUGGAUGGCAAAUUGAUUGUGGAUGGGGCUAAUGGUGUGGGUGGACAAAAACUUGAAGUUUUAAAGAAAAUGUUGAAUGGUUUGGCCAUUGAUGUUCGCAACUCUGGUAAAGAUGGAGGCAUACUCAAUGAAGAAGUUGGUGCUGAUUAUGUGCAGAAGGAGAAGGUCCUUCCAUCUUGUUUUGGUCCUAAUGACGUUGGGAUUAGGUGUGCAAGUUUGGAUGGAGAUGCAGAUCGGCUUGUAUAUUUCUUCUCUAUGCUGUCAGAAAGUGGCAGGAAUAUUAAUCUUGUUGAUGGGGACAAGAUAUUAUCUUUAUUUGCCCUAUUUAUCAAGGAACAGCUUAAUGUUCUUAACAUGUUUGCUGAUGGAAAAACACUUUAUUAUUAUCCUGGCCAACUUGGUGUUGUACAAACAGCAUAUGCAAAUGGGUCAUCCACAGAUUAUCUCAACCAAUUGGGUCUACCGGUUGUGCUUACUCCAACAGGAGUAAAAUACUUGCAUGAAAAGGCAGCUGAGUAUGACAUUGGGAUUUAUUUUGAGGCAAACGGGCAUGGAACCAUUUUGUUCUCUGAACAUAUCUUACAUUGGUUAGAAGAACUUUCUUCAGUAUCUGAAGGUUCAGAAAAGCAGAAGGCUGCUUUAAGACUUUUGGCUGUCAGUAAAUUGAUCAAUCAAGCAGUAGGAGAUGCUUUGAGUGGAUUGCUUUUGGUUGAGGCCAUCUUACAAUACAAGGGAUGGUCAAUUUAUAGAUGGAACGAUCUUUACACUGAUCUACCAAGUAGGCAGCUUAAGGUAAAAGUUGUGGACAGAACUGCUGUUGUCACAGCAAAAGCGGAAACUGUGGUUGUGAAGCCUCCUGGCAUUCAAAGAGCCAUUGAUGCUGAAAUUGUAAAAUACCCUUAUGGCCGAGCUUUCAUACGACCAUCGGGUACAGAGGAUGUUAUUCGGGUAUACGCGGAGGCAUCCACACAGGAAGCAGCAGACAGCUUGGCCAAUUCAGUAGCAAAACUUGUGGAUAACUUUCUUGGAUCCAGAAGCUCCAAAUGAUAAAUGAUUUCUUCGUUGGAAGUGAAAACAGAGUUAGGCAGAUUCAUAGUUUAUGUGGCUAAUCUGAUGACAUAUUUGCAUGUUUAACCAUUAUGCCUAUGCCUUGAAUUCAGGACCUGUGGGUUUUCUUCGCUGAGUAACACAUUCAUUUGGCACUGGGCUUUUUCGAACAGGCAGAAGAGAGUAUGGUGAAUAUUGCAAAAGUUUGUACUUUGCACAGCAUUUGAAUGUAACCAAAUUUUUAUUUUUUAUUUUUAUUUCUCUUGGAUUUGAAAUAAAUGUUUAUUUUUCUUGCAUACAAUUUUCAGAAAGAGGCAGCUUGUUUUGUUUUUAAUA